AUGACAAUAGGGAAAAUGGAGAACGUGGCGGUCUUCACUUCUGAAGGCAAGGGCAGGGGCCUGAAGGCCACGAAGGAGUUCUGGGCUUCGGACGUCAUCUUUGCCGAGCGGGCUUAUUCUGCAGUGGUUUUCGACAGCCUCGUUAACUUUGUGUGCCACACCUGCUUCAAGAGGCAGGAGAAGCUCCACCACUGUGGGCAGUGCAAGUUUGCUCGUUACUGUGACCGCACCUGCCAGAAGGAUGCGUGGGUAGACCACAAGAAGGAGUGCUUGGCCAUCAAGAGAUACGGGAAGGUGCCCAACGAGAACAUCAGGCUGGCUGCACGCAUCAUGUGGCGGGUGGAGAGAGAGGGCACCGGGCUCACAGAGGGCUGCCUGGUGUCCGUGGACGACCUGCAGAACCACGUGGAGAACUUUGGGGAGGAGGAGCAGAAGCAGCUGCGGGUGGACGUGGAUACUUUCUUGCAGUACUGGCUGCCCCAGAGCCAGCAGUUCAGCAUGCAGUACAUCUCCCACAUCUUUGGCGUGAUUAACUGCAAUGGUUUCACACUCAGUGAUCAGAGGGGCCUGCAGGCAGUGGGCGUGGGCAUCUUCCCCAACCUGGGCCUGGUGAACCAUGACUGCUGGCCCAACUGCACCGUCAUCUUUAACAACGGCAAUCAUGAGGCAGUGAAAUCCAUGUUUCACACCCAGAUGAGGAUUGAGCUCCGGGCCCUGGGCAAGAUCUCAGAAGGAGAAGAGCUGACCGUGUCCUACAUCGACUUCCUUAACGUCAGCGAAGAACGCAAGAAGCAGCUGAAGAAGCAGUACUACUUCGACUGCACGUGCGAGCACUGCCAGAAAGGGCUGAAGGAUGACCUCUUCCUGGGGGUGAAAGAUGACCCAAAGCCCUCUCAGGAUGUGGUCAAGGAGAUUAUACAAUUCUCCAAGGAUACACUAGAAAAGAUUGACAAGGCUCGCUCUGAGGGCUUGUACCACGAGGUUGUGAAGUUGUGCCGGGAGUGCCUGGAGAAGCAGGACUCGGUGUUUGCUGACACCAAUAUCUACAUGCUGAGGAUGCUGAGCAUCGUUUCCGAGGUCCUCUCCUACCUCCAGGCGUUUGAGGAGGCCUCCUACUACGCCAGGAGGAUGGUGGAGGGCUAUGUGAAGCUCUACCACCCCAACAAUGCCCAACUGGGCAUGGCUGUGAUGCGGGCGGGGCUGACCAACUGGCAUGCUGGUAACAUUGAGGUGGGGCACGGUAUGAUCUGCAAAGCCUAUGCCAUUCUCCUGGUGACACACGGGCCCACCCACCCAAUUACCAAGGACUUAGAGGCCAUGCGGAUGCAGACGGAGAUGGAGCUGCGCCUGUUCCACCAGAACGAGUUCAUGUACCGCAAGAUGCGCGAGGCUGCCCUGAACAACCAGCCCAUGCAGGUCAUGGCUGAGCCCAGCAGCGAGCCGGCGCCAUCUCUGUUCCAUAAGAAGCAAUGAGGACCUGCUUGGUGUGUGUGUGUGUGUGUGUGUGUGUGUGUGUGUGUGUGUGUGUUGCGGGGGGGGGGGGCACUGUGGCUCAGGAACUGGGGAGACAUUCUGGAGGGAGUGGGCUUCUGGGGAGACCCUUGAUGGGGAAGUUAGAGUAUUGCUCAACCCUCUUGCUAUGGGAAUGUACUGCUCUGGGUUCCUCAGUGUCAUGUUGGUUCAUUUCAACUCUGUUUAAUUCAAUUUAAUUCAUCCUAUAGCUCAACUCAUCCUACAAGUAUCUGUAGGCCCUAGAGAUAAAGAAGUUCCAAGAGUAGCUGGGGAGGCAAAAUGCAAGCAGACAAUGAAAGCGCCGUGUAAUCACAAUGCAAUGUAAGCCGUGUGGAGAGAGGGGUGCAGUAGAGGGCCUGUCCGGUGGGUGGGGUAUAUGCAGUGUGGGCUAUCACAGAGGGGAUCACAUCUGAGCUGGGGUGGCAGGUGCUUGGAGCCUCAGGUGGCUGCUCACCCCAACUGUGCAGGUGUCUCUGGGGCUGCUGGUCUCACCCGUGGACUGGGAUAGUCAGUGUUUGGGUAACGAGGACUCUUUUCAGGAUGAAGCUGAGGGAGACUUGGAAACACAUAUACCUGGAUUCCCUCAAUUUCCUCUUCCUACAGUCACACACGCCAUGCCUGCACCCACCCCUCCUUCUCACACCAGUGGACAGGACCCCCGCUCCUUCUCCACCUGUGCUCUGGGCUCCUUCCUCCCCUCUGUCUUGGGCCCGGCUUCACCUAUUACUCCUUCUCCACCCUGGAUCCUUGACAUGUUUCUGGCUUCUUGAGUGCAGGCAGUAAACAUCUGGGGGCGAUCGGCAGUAAUAAUGUUCACGCUGAGUACUUUUUAAAGGGUUUAUCUCCCACAGUUAUCUCCUUUUCUCUUUUCUUUCUUUUUCUUUUUAAAAAAUCCUCACCAGAGGAUCUUUUCCCAUUGAUUUUUAGAGAGAGUGGAAGAGGGAAAGACAGAGAGAAAUAUCGAUGUGAGAGAAGCACACCAAUUGGUUGCCUCCUGCACGAGCGCCCAACAGGGCCAGGGCCGGAGAGGAGCCUACAAGCAGGUAUGUGCCCUUGAUAUGAAUCAAACCAGGACCCUCUGGUCCGCAGGCUGACAGGCUAUCCACUGAGUCAAACUGGCCAGGGCUCCUCUUCUUUCCUUCACUUUUAAUUUCUUCCUGACGCCACUGCAGGCUGGCUUCCUGAACGUCACUAGAAGAGAUUUUACCCAGGUCAGUUCUAGAGGGCCUUUUUUGGUUGUUGUGAUUCUUGGCAUCUUUGCAUCAGUUGACACUCCCCGCGCUGAUUUCUGGAACACCACUUCCCCGUGCUGAUGCUCUGAUGUGGUUUCUCAGUCUCCCUCUGUCCCUGUUUCUCCACGUUCCCUGAUAUGUGCCAUUUCCCGUAGUUGGUUUUGUUCAUUGUGGCCACUCUCACUUUAUUUUCAUCGCAGUCUGCACACACUCCCUGCAGGAGUUUGCCAGGCCCUUGGUUUGAUGGUCUUCAAUCCGUAUUUCCCAACCCUGCUCUUCAGCUCCAGCCCCACACACCCUCUUGAAUGUUCUGCAGGCACAUCAAACUCAGCACAUCCAGAAUAAAAUUCUUUCUCUUUCUCUCCCUAUCUCCCCUCCCCAACAUCUGUCCCUCCUCAGCACACCACCGAGAACACCUGACUUCUGCUUCUGUGGCAUCCUAGACUUCAGUCAAACCCACUCACUCCCUGGUCCCUGAGUGACCCAUGUUCUCCACGCCUCUCUGACUUUCCUACCUAAAAUAGCUAAAACCUGCCGACUCCUAUUCAUCUUUCAGCACCCGGUUUGGAAAUCACCCCAUCUGUGAAGCCUUUCCUGAAUGCCUUCAAUUAAGCUGGCUGCCUGGGUCUCUGGUAUUACCCUUGAAUCUCCCAUCAUAACUCUCUCCUCAUGGCAGUUUAAUUGUCUGCCUCCUCUAUCGGAUUGUGAGCUCCUGGAGGGCAGGAGCUGUGUCCCUUUAUUCAUCUUUCUAUCCCCAGAACCUAGCACAGGCCCUGAAACAUAGUAGGUGCUCAGUUAAUGCGUGUUGAAUGAAUGAAUGAAUGAAUGAAUGAAUGAAUUUACGUCUCAGAGCAGAAGCGAUAGGGACUGUGUAUUUUGAGUUUUUAUGUUACAGCCGUCAAUAAAGGCCAUUAAAUCCACUGUUUCCAAACAGA